CCGGGCAACGGGAAGUCCUGUUCGCCGGUCGUCUGUGCCCCGCGGCUGUCCGGAGGUCCGAGGGAGCAGUGAGACUUCCCGCGCAGGCAGGGGGACCACAGGUGGAGGGAUUGAGGCCAGAGGAUGGCCCUGCUGAAGCGACCCCAAGGAGGGCUGAGUAGGAAAACCGACCAGCAGCAAUAGCAUCACCUGGAAGCUUAGUUAGGAAUACAGAAUCUUGGGCCCCAUCUCAGAACUACUGAAUCAGUCUGCCUGCUGGACUCUUUUGAAAGAAGAAUGUCGUACCCGGGCUAUCCCCCCACAGGCUACCCAGCUUUCCCUGGAUAUCCUCCUGCGGGUCAGGAGUCAUCUUUUCCCCCUCCUGGUCAGUAUUCUUACCCUAGUGGCUUUCCUCCAAUGGGAGGAGGUGCCUACCCACCAACACCAAGUAGUGGCUACCCAGGAGCUGGAGGCUACCCAGGAGCGGGAGGCUACCCAGGAGCUGGAGGCUACCCUGCCCCUGGCGGCUAUCCCAGUGCCCCACAGCCAGGGGGAGCUCCAUCCUAUCCUGGAGGCCAAGGGUUUGGAGCCCCACCAAGUGGAGCAGGCUUUUCUGGCUAUCCGCAGCCACCCUCACAGUCUUAUGGUGGGGGCCCAGCACAGGUCCCACUACCUGGUGGUUUUCCUGGGGGACCGAUGCCUUCUCAGUACCCUGGAGGACAAUCUCCUUACCCUAGUCAGAUCAAUACAGAAUCCUUACCUUCCUAUCCUGUUUUCUCUCCUGUUUCUUUGGAUUAUAGCAGUGAACCUGCUUCGAUGACUCAGGGAACUCAAGGAACAAUCCAACCGGCUGCCAACUUUGAUGCCAUGAGAGAUGCAGAAAUUCUUCGUAAAGCAAUGAAGGGUUUUGGUACAGACGAGCAGGCAAUUGUAGACGUUGUGGCCAGUCGUUCCAAUGAUCAAAGGCAAAAAAUUAAAGCAGCUUUUAAGACCAUGUAUGGCAAGGAUUUAAUCAGAGAUCUUAAGUCAGAGUUAAGUGGAAAUAUGGAAGAACUGAUCCUUGCCCUGUUCAUGCCACCUACGUAUUAUGAUGCCUGGAGUUUACAGAAUGCAAUGAAGGGAGUAGGAACUCAGGAACGUGUAUUGAUUGAAAUUUUAUGCACAAGAACAAAUCAGGAAAUCCGAGAAAUUGUCAGAUGUUAUCAAUCAGAAUUUGGACGAGACCUUGAGAAGGAUAUUAGGUCAGAUACAUCAGGGCAUUUUGAACGUUUACUUGUAUCCAUGUGCCAGGGAAAUCGCGAUGAGAACCAGAAUGUUAACCACCAGCUGGCUCAGGAAGAUGCUCAGCGUCUCUAUCAGGCUGGUGAGGGGAGAUUAGGGACAGAUGAAUCUUGCUUUAACAUGAUUCUUGCCACAAGAAGCUUUCCUCAGCUGAAAGCUACCAUGGAGGCCUAUUCCAGGAUGGCUAAUCGAGAUUUGUUAAGCAGUGUCAGCCGUGAGUUUUCUGGAAAUGUUGAAAGUGGUUUGAAGACCAUCUUGCAGUGUGCCCUGAACCGCCCUGCCUUCUUUGCUGAGAGGCUGUACUAUUCUAUGAAGGGUGCCGGCACAGAUGACUCCACCCUGGUCAGGAUUGUGGUCGCUCGAAGUGAGAUUGAUCUUGUACAAAUAAAACAGAUGUUCAGUCAGAUGUAUCAGAAGACCCUGGGCACAAUGAUUGCAAGUGACACGAGUGGAGAUUACCGAAGGCUUCUUCUGGCCAUUGUGGGCCAGUAGGAGAGAUUUUUUUUAAAUGAGUGAAGCUAUUCAGAGCUUAUCCUUCAAAGCAAUGACUGACCUGCAUGCAGCAACAUCAAUCCUCACCUAACCAAAAGAGCUUUUUACUAAAGACUGUGUCAGGGUAUUGUGCUUGGUUUGCACAUGUGGUUAUUGCCUUAAUUCCAAUGUUAUUUUUUUCUCUAUAUACAAUCAAGUAAAGCCAUAUCACAAUGAUGAAGUAAUAAUGCAAUGUUUGUAAAACAUAAUUCUCACUGCUCUUAUUCUAAAUAGGAUACCAAAUUGAAUAAAAGUCACAACAGUCUGUAAUUCUGUGUAAUAAUAUUGAAUAAAAAAUUCAAUAUUGAAUAAAUUUGAAUAAAUAUUGAAUUAAAAAAAAA